AACCUCAGCCGCACUUUCUUUACACCACGGAUGCCUCACUUCCGUCUUUUUCUCCCUGAACAUCGCUCUAAACCAAGAAGUUUAUGCUUACCAAAAUCAUUUAACCGAUGUCUAACUACCUUCAGUACUUUCUGGUAGCAACCUCUGCCUGCAGCAAAAGUAGCAGAGAGGAGAAACCCCACUCAGGUGUACCAUGGCUAUACCCAUCACAGUGCUUGACUGUGACCUGCUGCUGUACGGCCGAGGCCACCGGACGUUGGACCGUUUUAAGCUGGAUGAUGUGACGGACGAAUACCUGCUGUCCAUGUACGGCUUUCCUCGGCAGUUCAUCUACUACCUCGUGGAGCUCUUGGGAGCCAGUCUUUCUAGACCAACUCAGCGAUCCCGGGCUAUUAGCCCAGAGACCCAGAUCCUUGCAGCCCUGGGCUUUUACACCUCGGGUUCCUUCCAGACUCGAAUGGGAGAUGCAAUUGGAAUCAGUCAGGCCUCCAUGAGUCGCUGCGUGGCCAAUGUCACAGAGGCGCUGGUGGAGAGGGCCUCGCAGUUCAUCCACUUCCCAGUGGAUGAACGCUCUGUGCAAGCCCUGAAGGAUGAGUUCUAUGGCUUGGCAGGGAUGCCAGGUGUCCUAGGGGUAGUGGACUGUCUCCAUGUGGCCAUCAAGGCCCCCAAUGCCGAAGACCUCUCCUACGUGAAUCGCAAAGGCCUGCACUCUUUAAACUGCCUGAUAGUGUGUGACGUCAGAGGGGCACUGAUGACCGUGGAGACCAACUGGCCCGGCAGUUUGCAGGACCAUGCUGUGCUGCAGCAGUCUUCACUGAAUACUCUGUUUAAAGCUGGGAUGCCCAAAGAUAGCUGGCUGCUUGGUGAUAGCUCCUUCUCGCUCUGCACCUGGCUCAUGACCCCGCUCCACAUCCCGGAAACGCCGGCUGAGUAUCGCUACAACAUGGCCCAUUCUGCAACUCACAAUGUGGUGGAGAAGACCUUCCGAACCCUCUGCUCCCGGUUCCGCUGUCUGGAUGGAUCCAAGGGGGCUCUGCAGUACUCUCCGGAGAAAUCCAGUCACAUCAUCUUGGCUUGCUGUGUCCUCCAUAACAUCUCCUUGGAGCAUGGCAUGGACAUUUGGUCCUCUCCCGCAGCAGGACCCACUGAGCAGCCCCCCGAGGAGGAGUUUGAGCACCUGGAGUCACUGGACUUAGAGGCUGACCGUGUGCGUCAUGAGCUGAUGCUUGCUCAUUUUAGCUAACGUGCUGGCAGGUCAGGAUGAGUGAGACUUUGGAGAAGGAGUUGUGACAAGCUGGCCCCUUCGCCACCCUCUCCUGGGCAGUGCCAUAACCACCUAACAUGACUGAGCAUGCAGACGGCUGUCACAAGUUCACAUCUAAUCUGUAUUUUGGAAGGGUUGGCUCUGUGCCAGGUUAUCCCGAGUCAUUUGCAGAAAAGUUAACUGAAAAGCAGGACAAGAGUCCCCUACCAUCCAAUCAACUCCAGAUCAAGCCCCAGUCCUUUGAAAACUCACUGGUUGCCAACAUUGACAGUUGUACCAGCCAAGUCAUAGAAAAAAGGAAAAUAUAAAAUAGCCCAAA